AUGGCAGCUUUGCAACUUCCCACUCUAGCACCCUUCCCUGUGUUAUCUGACAGUGCUACGCUCAGUCAACGUUGGACAAAAUGGGUUAAAAGUUUCGAAUAUUUUCUGGUCGCUUCGAACGUGACGGACAAGAAACGACAACGGGCAUUGUUGUUGCAUUUAGCUGGACCAGAAGUACAUGAAGUUUUCGAAACACUAAGUGACACGGGAGAUGACUACGCUACUGCUCUCGAAAAGUUGGAUGCCUACUUCAAACCGCAAAAGAAUAUCCCGUUCGAACGCCAUAUGUUUAGACAAGCCACCCAAGACCCCUCGGAAACGAUGGAUACGUACGUUACUAGACUCAAACGAUUAGUACAAACCUGUGAUUAUGGUACCUUGUCCAACGAAAUGAUUCGCGAUCAGGUCCUGGAGAAAUGUUAUUCAACGCGUUUACGGCGUCGGUUACUUCGCGAAGAAACCCUUACCCUCGAUGUUAUUUUACGCAUUGCCAGAGCCCUCGAAGCGUCUGAUCGCCAAGCACAACAAAUCGAAGGCACCAAGAAUUCCGAGAGCGAUGCUGAGAAAAGCUCUGCAUAUGUUAUCCAGCCUCGAUCGAAUACCAAUACCAGUCGAGAAUUUCGUUCAGAGCGUCCUGCAGCUAGCCCAAAGCGUCAAGACUCGCCGUCAGACGAUCGACUUCCCAAACGAGCUUGUUAUUGUUGUGGUCGUGACGGUCAUCGAGCAAAAGAUGCUUCGUGCCCAACCAAUAACAAAGCAUGCAAUAAGUGUGGCAAACUUGGACAUUUUGGUCGUGUUUGUAAGAGCGCCAGGCGUCCAGAGAAAUCCGAAAGAGUUCGCCACAUUGAACAGCGAGAGAACAACAACUUUUCUGACGAUGACGAAUAUGUAUUUACAUUGAAUGACCCAAAGAACAGCGAGCAACAGACCAGCGUCACGAUUACUGUCCAUGGCACGGAAAUUCCAGUGAUUAUUGACUCGGGAGCCAGUGUGAAUGUUCUGGACAAGAACACUUUCAAUCGUCUUUAUAAUGGACCCCAAAACACUAUAAAACUCUCAGAUUCGCGUGUAAAGUUGUUUUCCUAUGGAGCUGUUACACCACUUCCGGUACUGGGGAAAUUCGAUGCCAUGGUUACGAUUCCAGCUGUUUCCGGUGAAACAGCCUCAUCUACCAAUGCCCAAUUUAUCGUCGUGAAUACAAUCGACUCAGGCUGCUUACUUGGAAAGUCUACAGCAAUUGCUCUUGGUUUAUUGAGAACCAAUGCUCCAACCAAUGCCGGGGAGGUGCGAAGUUUUCUUGGUUUGGUCAAUUAUUGUGCUCGCUUCAUUCCAAACUUGGCCACCAUUUCCGAGCCACUUAGGCAGUUAACUCGAAUGGGGGCCAAAUGGGCUUGGGGAAAACCACAGCAGCUUGCAUUCAACGAGCUAAAAUACAGUUUGACCAGCGACUGC